AUGGCCGAUCCGAUCUACCUCGACCCACUCGACAAACCGCGAAAGAUAACCACCGCCGACAUUGAAGGGUUCGAGCUGUGGCGCAAGUUCACUACCGUCAUCAUCCUCGAGGAGUCGGUGCGCUUUCGAGGUGAUCCAGAAUGGGGAGAGGGCUGUCGCCUCGCACGACUCGGGCAGUGGACCUCCGCAUUCAUCGACCUGAUUAACAGCCGUGUGAUAGAUCACGGCGAGGGCCACCAACGCGAACACCAAGGACACAGUAAACCACACAUCACAAUUGGCGCCGACGUUGUGAUUGUGACGCCUGAAAACGCAACGCGCCUUGUCAUCAAUAAUGCCUUCGUCACCGAAACGGCAGUCAUGCUACCGACUGACGUGUACCCUGUGCGCGUCGUCACAAAUUUCAAAGGAGCCUUGAAUGGCCUCAGCUGCAAUGAUGUCCGCUAUGUCCUCAGUCUUCCCGAUAACCGCUUCGGCCGCAUGGUCCAAUACCUGGACCUCGUCCAUGGUAUGCCCGUCCAGAUCACCCAAAUAUUGCGACGGCAAAAGGAGCUGCGAAUGGCACUCUCGGUAGUCUCGAGGCAGUGCACUUUCCCUCCUGGAAUGUGCUUUCGCCUCGUUCGCCACGGUGCGACAAAUACGAUCGUUCAAUUGCCGAACCAGCCGCCGGACUACGCAAUUCUUCGCGUGCCAAACCGACCGCACGCUACAGCGAUCCGACCAGAACUCGACCCUGAGUUGUUUCCCGUAUUCUACGCGACGGAGGCAUUCCAGAAGGUGACCAUCACGCUCCCCAAAGCGCCCAACAGCCGCGCUCGCGCGAUCACAGUAAAACUUCAACAACUACCCUUCGUAUGUGCCAUUGGGUCGGCUCGUAACACCUUCGUUCAGUGA